AUGUCCGAAACGGAAGUUUGCGUUCUUCAGGUGACCAACAUCUCGCCGAGUGCCACCAAAGAACAGGUUAACACAUUGUUUUCUUAUAUUGGACGCAUCGUUCAGUUUGCUGUAAGUUUUGACUUUUUUUAUCUUGUUCUAGACAUAAUCUUUUAGAAUAUUUGGAGUUACUUUAUUUUAGUUGUAUCCGUCUGAAGGAAGUGCUUCGGAAAAGUUUGCUUUUGUCAAAUUUGAUCGAGAAUCAUGUGUCGAGAUUGGGCAGCAUUUAACAAAUACUGUGUUCAUUGACCGAGCAUUGGUUUGUGUUCCAGCGCCAUCAAGUAAGUCAACUACUGAUGUAUAGCUUACUGUUGUUUUAGAUAAGAUUCCUGAUGAAGAGACGGCGUUAAGGACUGGUCCUUCCUUACCAGGACAACGACAACUUCCUCCUAGUGUUACAAAUUCAGUUCAACGAAAUGGCGAUGAAGAAAUGGUAAGUUUUUUUUCUGUUUUUGUUUUGUUCCGGUUUUAGGUAAGUAUGAUAACAUGGUUUUGGUCAUAACUUGAAGAAAACUUGGUUUUUCUUGAAGUUUUUGGACUUAAAGAUUGUAAAGCAUUAUUAACUAACUAAUAAAACAACUUUUACAAUAUGAAGCACAGCUUUUUUUACAAAAAAUAUUGUUUUAGUUAUACACAAACGAUCCAACUUUGUCUUCCCUCGGUUUACCAGCUUAUCCACCACUGCCAGUCGAUACAGAGCCAUCUAAAGUCGAAGAAAUUAGACGAACCGUUUACGUAGGAAAUUUGGAAAAAGGUACGGAUGGAUCAAAGUUAAUGGAAUUUUUGAACGCUUGCAUUGGUGAAGUGAUGUAUCUUCGUAUGACACAAGAAAACGAUGCUUUAAACUGUGCUUAUGCUUAUGUGGAGUUUAGUAAACAAUCAUCAGUACCUAUGGCAUUACAAAAUAAUGGGCUGGAUUAUAAUGGACGGGCUUUGAAGUAAGAUUUGUUUUAUUGGUGGUAUUUUAGGGCUUCUCGUUGUUAAUAUAGGUAUAGGCAUUUGAAAAUUUGCUUUUUUGGGUUUUGGACGUAUAAGUUUUAGAAAUGUUGUUUUAGAUAACAAUAUAUAAUUAAACGGCUUUGUAAAAUGCAGUGUAUUGUAUUAAAAUAAUUGUAUUUGGUUUAGAAUUCAACACUCAAGAGUGGCGAUCAUUAAGCCUAAACAAAAGACGGCUAAUCAAGCUUUGGAGGAAGUAGAAGAGAUGAUUAGGCAAAAUGAAGGAAAAGAAGCUGCUGAUAUUAGUAAGUAAUACAUUUUUGGUUAUUUUUAAGGUUUAGCUUUCUAAAUCUGGUAAAAUACGAGCAUGAAACUUGACGGCAUAAAUCACAUUUUCUAAUAAACUUAUUUUACAACACUUUAUAAAAUAUUAUUGUAGGUGGAGCGUAUUCGCCAGCAUCAGGAAGAAGUGGGAGUCGUCGUAGAUCAUCUUCGCCACGAAAACGUUCGAGAGAUAGAAGUCCACGUAGAUCACGAGAAAGAAGCUCAAUAAGGUCUAGGGAGCGAGAGAGUAGAAGAUCAAAGGAUAGAGACAGAGAAAGAAAAAGCAGGUAAGAAGGUUAAUAUGAUUUUGAAGGUUUUAAUCAUUCUUUGGUUGGUAAAAUACGUUUUAUUUGUAAGUCAGUAUAAAAGUAAAUUAAUGUGUUUAACUUUAAUAAAAUUGGUGCUAUUGAUACUCAAAUUUCACACCCUCACAUAAGAUAUAACUAUAUGUUCUAGUAGAUCCCCCCGACGUCGGAGAAGUCGCUCAAGAGAUCGUUCGGAUAGAGACCGUGACCGUCGACGUGAUCGAGAUGAUAGAGGCGAUAGAGAGCGUGGUUCAGACAGAGACAGACGAGAAAAAGAAAAAUCUGUGGACAAACAUGACAGGAAGUCAUCCAAGAAAUCAUCAAAAGACAAAGAAAAGGACAAAGAAAGGAAGGAAAAGAAGAGAAGCAGAUCAAGGAGUCCUAAAAAGGUGAGGACUUUGGGUUUAAAAGCGCUAAACCUAGUGGAAUAUAAAUUUUGGGUGCUUAGAAGGUAUAGAUUUUGAUGAGAACGAAAAAUGGCAAGAACUUUAUUCAAAAAACAUAAAAUUGCAAAAAAGUUUCAUACAAAACUUUCUUUACAAAACCAAAUUGGCAAUAACUUUCUUUAACAUUCUAAAAUGACAUGAAUAUCUAACAAUAACUAAAAAUAUUGUUACAGAGCAAGAAGAGCAAACACUCAAGCCGAUCCCCAACACCAAAGAAGGUCAAGAAAGAGAAGAAGGGCUCGACUCCAACGUUGGAAGAGGAAGAAGCCGAGCUUCGACGAAGACUUUUGGAGAAAGCUAGCCUGGCCCACGUCAUACCAAAAGAUGAAAUAAAGUCCGAGUGA